CCUGUGGUAAAGGGAUUUCCGUCAACAACAGAUAAAUCUGAUCAAAACAUCAAUGACGAGCGGAAACUGCUUUUUCGUGGUCUUUUAAGCUCGUCGGGAGUGUAAGACAGAUCUAGCCAAAGCUGAUUUCAGUGUUCACAUCUGUUCAAACGCGUCCCACACGAUGAACGCUCCGGCGGUGCGCAGGGGCAUCGGCGUCCAGCCGUCUGACCUGAUGUGUAAGAGAGGAUGCGGUUUCUAUGGUAACGCCGUCUGGCAGGGCCUUUGCUCCAAAUGCUGGCGAGAGCAGAACCAGUGCACUAAAGCCAAGCAGAUAGAGGACGACCGAGCGCUGGCCGAGAGGCUACAGAGAGAGGAGGAGGCGGCGUACGCCAGCAGCCGCGAGGAAGCGCGCUCACCACCAGAGUCCUCCAGAACACACAGCGUGCCCAUGGUCAAGAGACUGUUCACCUCCGCUCCCAAAACACCGGCGAGGAGAGAGGCCGGCGCUCCGAAGAGCUCCUCUCUCAGCCGACAGCCCAGCGCAGAACGGGACCAUGUGACGCAGCACUUCAUCGACUUCCUCAAGACCUUCCAGAGACCCGGAUACGACAUUUUUAAACAGUGCCACGCCUUCGUUGAAAACGUCGCACACAAGAAGGUGGCUGCCGGAGGUGAGGAUUUCUCCGAGUCUGUGCAGGAUUUUUAUCAAAACAUGUCAGAAUACCUGCAGACCAACCUGAAAGGGUCUCCAGACGUGAUGGAGACGGUGAUGGAUGAGGUGGAGCGGUAUGUGAUGGGCCGUCUGUACAAGCAGCUCUUCUGCCCGGACAGCACAGACGAUGAGAAGAAAGACCUGGCCGUCCAGAACAGAAUCAGGUCUUUGUACUGGGUGUCUAUUGAGAUGCUGGGUGCUCCUGUAGAUGAGCAGAUCCCUAAAGUAUCAGACAGUGUGGAGAGAGCCAUAACAGACCUGAUCGACUUGGACUCUAAAAAGGUUCCCAAGGAGAAGUUGGCGUGUGUGACCAGGAGCAGUAAACACAUCAUGACAGCCGUGCAGGGCAGUAAGAAAGCCGCCGCCUCAGCAGAUGACUUUCUGCCCACUCUCGUCUACAUCGUGCUGAAGGCCAACCCGCCUCGAUUACACUCCAACAUCCAGUACAUCACCCGCUACUGCAACCCCAGCCGCCUGAUGAGCGGAGAGGACGGCUAUUACUUCACUAACCUGUGCUGCGCCGUGGCCUUCAUCGAGAAGCUCGACGCACAGUCGCUGAACCUGAGUCAUGAAGACUUUGAGCUGUACAUGUCCGGAGCGUCGUCUCCGCCGGGCCCCCAGGCCUCUUCGUCCGGCCACAGCUCGCAGAACGGCUUCAGAGAGCGGCGCCGCGCGGAGGACGCUCUGGAGACGGACCUCAUCGAAUGGAGCGACGGCCAGGAGCUGUCGGUGCUGGGCAUGUUAGAAGGGCCUCCUGUACGGACACACACCUCUACGCCGUUCACUAUUGACUCGGACAACGUGGGCGGAGACAGCCUGCCUCCUCCCUUACAGCCGCAGAAGUUCAACGGAUAGCUCCCGUCUUUACCGGACACAAACUGAUUCAGCAGUUCUUCUGUCUCCAGGUGAGUGAUGCUCUCCGUCGCUGUGAUGGCACUGAAUACAUUCACACUUCGCUUCUUUAUCGGCUGACCAGCAGUCAUAGGUUUAUAUUUUACUCCAAAAUUAAAGCAAAUAAUAAGAGGACCUUUUGAAUUCUGGCUUUAGGAUCAUUAUGAUUUUUCGUGGUAUUGUGAAAAAACAAACAAACAAUGCUUAAAGUAGUUCUACGUCAUGGUGGUGUUGGCUGUACUGCAUUUCAUUUGUAAAUAUGAAUGUUAAAAACUCUGCUGCAUUACUGAGAAUCACUACCGACAAUGAGAGUUACCAAGAAAAAGAGAUAUGUUUUAUGCUGUUUUGAGAAUGAUGUUGCAAUGCCAAAAAAAAAGAAAAAGAAAAAUGUCAUUAGUCUCGAAAAUAAGCAUCGUUUUAAUUGCUUUUGGGGUGAAAUAUGGCCUGGGAAUGUUUUGAUGAGAUUUGCUGUCAUAUUAUAAAAUAGAUUCUCUUCUUCACCUCCUUUCAAAAUGUUCUGUUUAUUUUUAAUUGGACAAGAAGACUGAAUUUUGACGAUAUUUCGUGGGAAUUAAUUAUAGAUUGUUUAAAUGUAUUGGUUCUUGCACUGAUUUUAUUGCUUCAUGCAACUCACUGAUAUAUGAGAAUACGUAACUUAUUAGUACAAAUAAUUUAUUUGAGUUUUUCCUCAACUUUUCGGAAACUUUGUAAAGUUUCAACUCCGCUUCCUUAGGUUUUCUGGAUAUUAUUAUUGGCAUUAGUGGUCCUUUGAUUUGAGAACUUAAGAAAAGGGCAGCACGGUGUGGGUUAGAUUUAUACCGCUGCCCUAUUAAUAGUAUAGUUGAGUCACUCAGAACCCGGUGUGUAGUGAUCCUGGUCAUUGUUAUGCUGUAAUGAACAGUAGUUAUGCUACAGAUGAGCUUCAAUCCCACGUGUGUUUUUAAAUGACAAGAAUCUACAUGAAUCCUAAACCUGGUACUAUUUAAACAUUUAGAAUCAUGUUUAUUUUUUGCAUAUUUAGCUUCCAAGAAAUGCUGUUACAAUAUAAAAAAAACCCCUGAUUUUAUCAUUUAGUGAGUUAAUUAUUUUAAACGCACUUUUGUCCUAUGGAAAUAUUGGUUAUGCAUGCAAAGUUUUGCUGUGGUGGUAUCCCAUUAUGAACCGUCUGUAACCACAUUUAUUUAUCUGAAUGAUCUGGGUAUGAAGCCAGAAAUAUGCUAUUUAAAAAGUUAUAAAUAAAACGAUCUAAUGAAGGAAUAGAAAACA